AUGGAUGAGCACAAGAAAUUCCUAGCAGACCGCCUGCUGAGUGAAGAGCGGCCGAUCACUUACCGCCUGCUGAGCAGAGCUCUCGACGUCCACGUCAACACUGCCAAACGCAUGCUCUACGACUUCCACCAGUACCAAAACUCGUUGCGCGCAGAGUCAAUACAUGCCACGUACCUUCUCUACGGCAUUAAAUCAGCCAGAAGUGGGCAUGAAAACGGCGACGUUGGGAUGAGUAGCUCGAUGCCAGAGCCCGAGCCCCGCUCCGAGUCGGUAUCGACCCAGACUCUCACCCUCGUCCGCGAGGAGAACUUGGAAGCCCUUCUACGCGAAUAUCAAGAGGUCACUUCCAUCCACAUAUACAGCUUGGCUCCACGGGCCCAAACCGAUGUCGCAUUGCUUGCGGAUGUCGCGAACUCGAUAUCUGAGACCUACAAACAAGACGGGUCUCCCCUGGCUACCAGCAAGUACGGCGUUAUUCCCAAUCCUUCAGUACGCCGGCGCGAUCCCGCAGGCCGCCUCGCCCCCCCUACUGUCAGCGCAUCCAAGCCUGUCAAGCAAGAAAAGGCCCCGGAAAAGCCAGCACCGGCCGCAAAAGCGAAGCACGAACCGGCCGAAAAGUCAUCGGCGAAUGCUACACCUUCGUCCAGCUCAGGCAAAGGCGCCGCCCCCUCGACGAAGCGAGGUAGUGCCGGAGGUAUUAUGCAGUCUUUCGCAAAGGCAGCCUCCAAACCUCCUUCCAAGCCCAAACAGGCGACCAAGGAGGAAGCCAGCGCCGCGGCUUUAUCGGACGAUGGCGAGGCCGACGACUCCGACAUGCCAUCGUCUAAGAAGGCAUCUACGGCUCCAGGUGCCACGAGGGAAAGCAGAAAGGAGCGUGAAGAAAACCUGAGACGCAUGAUGGACGACGACGAUGGCGAAGAUGUUGACGACAAGGACGACGAACCAGAUGAUGAGGAGAUGGAUGAUGCCCCUGAGCCCGAAGCCGAGCCCGAGCAGAUGGAGCCUGAGACGAAGCCCAAAGAGGAGCCUGCAGAGGUCAUUUCGAGCAGUGGAAAUGGCCGGCGGAGAGGUAAGCGUCGCAUUAUGAAAAAGAAGCGUAUUCUGGACGACCAGGGGUACAUGGUCACUAUCCAAGAGCCUGGCUGGGAAUCUUUCUCAGAAGACGAUACCCCUCAGCCACCAGCCAAGAAGGCAACCCCCACCUCGACUCCGUCGUCCUCCGGGGCCAAGACGAAGAAGCCUGGUGGGAAGAAGGACCAAGGGAACAUCAUGUCGUUCUUCUCGAAGAAAUGA